AUCGGGCUUGUCAAAAGGGGCGGGAGUAGACUUUGCCACCAGGAAGGCACCCUCAAGGACUCGAGCACUCCUCCUCCCCUCGGCCCCCGGGAACCAGAGGCUCACUUGGAAUCCCUGUGUGUCUUUCAAAACAAGGUCGACUAGUUUGGUGACAAGAGAAGACUGGAACUGGUCUUCUUCAGCGCGUAAAUAGGUGUUUCCGCUCUCAUAGCACGUUAGCUUAGCAGCCCCAGCCUCCUCCACGUCAGAUUUCAUUUCGGACCUCGUGUUCCCUUUCCGUCCUGCAUCACGGAAAACCGGAGGGAACCCAAAUCAGUCAACCAAGGACCUUUUUUUUUUUUUUGCUAAUAUAACAAUCAAGGGGGGGGGGGGGGAGAGAAACACAGAAAGGAGGGCGAUCUUGAGUGCAGCAAAAUAGCACCUUCGCUGGGAUUGAUUGUGUUGCUUGUGAGCGUUCAACGCAUCAUCCGACCAUGAUUCCCGACAAGGCGCCCGAGGAGGACGUAUUUCACGGGGCUGAGGAGAUGCGUAGGGGGGCCCACGUGCCCACCUUUGAUAAGUAUAAAGAAAUGUACAUGCAGUCCAUCGAGGACCCUGACAAGUUCUGGGGGGACAUGGCGAAGGACUUCUUCUGGAAGAGCAAACACACGGGUCGCUUCUUGGACUACAACUUUGACGUGACCAAAGGAGAGAUCUUCAUCAAGUGCAUGGAGGGGGCGUCCACCAAUGUCUGCUACAACGUGCUCGACCGCAACGUUCACGACAGGAAGCUGGGUGACAAAGUGGCCUUCUACUGGGAAGGCAAUGAGCCUGGCGAUGAGCUGACAGUGACUUACAGAGAGCUGCUGAAUUGCGUGUGUCGCUUUGCCAACGUCCUGAAGUCACAGGGUGUGGCAAAAGGGGACCGUGUUGCCAUUUACAUGCCGAUGGUGGUGGAGCUGGUGGUGGCGAUGUUGGCCUGCGCUCGCAUCGGAGCCGUUCACUCUGUCGUGUUUGCAGGUUUCUCUGCCGAGUCGCUGUGUGAGAGGAUUGUGGAUUCUCAGUGUUCACUGCUCAUCACUGCGGAUGGCUUUUACCGAGGAGAUAAGCUGAUCAACCUGAAACUCAUCGCAGAUGAAGCCCUGCAAAAAUGCACAGACAAAGGAUUCUCAGUCGGUCGGUGCAUCGUACUGAAACAUUUAUCCAAGGAAGCACAAGAGACUUCUCUCAGCUCUCCUCCCGCCAAACGACCGUGUCCUGACCUCCAGAAGGAGAUGGAAACAGUCAGAGUAAGAAAAACUCGUCUUGUUCCACAGGUGCCGUGGAACCCGGAAGUGGACAAAUGUUGGCAUACUCUGAUGUGCAACGUGUCGGACGAGUGCGAACCAGAGUGGUGCGUGUCUGAAGACCCUCUCUUCAUCCUCUACACCAGCGGGUCCACUGGGAAGCCCAAGGGCGUCCUUCACACUGCCAGCGGUUACAUGCUCUAUACCGCCACCACCUUUAAGCUGGUGUUUGAUCACCGGGCGGACGACGUCUACUGGUGCACGGCUGACAUCGGCUGGAUCACCGGACACUCGUACAUCACCUACGGCCCACUGGCUAAUGGUGCCACUAGCGUCUUGUUUGAGGGUCUUCCCACAUACCCAGAUGUUAGCCGCAUGUGGGAGAUUGUAGACAAAUACCACGUUAGCAAGUUCUACACAGCACCCACCGCGAUCAGGCUGUUGAUGAAGUAUGGCAGCGAGCCGGUGCACAAGUACAAGCGAGACUCCCUGAAGGUUCUUGGCACGGUCGGAGAACCCAUCAACCCCGAGGCCUGGCAGUGGUACUUCACGGUGGUGGGAGACGGCAGAUGUCCCAUCGUUGACACGUUCUGGCAGACUGAGACGGGUGGACACGUGAUUACGCCUCUGCCAGCAGCCACCCCCAUGAAGCCAGGCUCCGCUACAUUUCCCUUCUUCGGAGUGGUGCCAGCCAUCUUGAACGAGUCGGGUGAGGAGUUGGAGGGCACGAGUGAAGGUUACCUGGUGUUCAAGCAGCCGUGGCCCGGUGUGAUGAGAACGGUGUACGGAAACCACGGCAGGUUUGAAAGCACCUACUUCAAGAAGUUCCCGGGGUACUACGUGACUGGAGAUGGCUGCCGUAGAGACAAGGACGGUUAUUACUGGAUUACCGGAAGGAUAGAUGACAUGCUCAACGUUUCAGGUCACUUGCUGAGCACAGCAGAGGUGGAGUCGGCAUUAGUGGGGCACGAGGCUGUCGCCGAGGCCGCCGUGGUGGGUCGGCCUCAUCCCGUCAAAGGAGAGAGUCUCUAUUGCUUUGUGACGCUACGCGAUGGAACCAUCUUCAAUCACACGCUAGAAGCCCAGCUCAAAAAACAAGUGCGUGAGAAGAUCGGCGCCAUCGCAACACCUGACUUCAUUCAGGAAGCUCCAGCGCUCCCCAAGACCAGAUCAGGCAAGAUCAUGCGACGCGUGCUCCGCAAGAUUGCCAGCGGUGAGCGGGAUCUGGGCGAUGUCUCCACGCUGGCCGACUCGUCGGUGGUGGAGCAGCUUUUCCGCAGCAGGUGCUGCCCGGCCAUGUGACAACAUCCUGGCGCACCUCGUCCACGGACCCGCUCAUCAACUUGUCAUCUGAUAACAAACAUCAAUAAUAGGAGUGGUCUGUGUGUGUGUGUGUGUGUGUGUGUGUGUGUGUGUGUGUGUGUGUGUGUGGUGUGUGUGUGUGUGUGUGUGAAAAAUAAAAACGUUUAUUUUCAGCACUUUUUCACACACACAUGCACAUUUAUUCAUUAUAAUGAUUCAAAUUAAUUCCAAUCCUCCAGUUAGCUCACUUUAAUUUGUUUUGCAAGUUUUUCUUCAAGAUGAUUUGUCGUAAGUCUGCUCUUUGUAUUCAUUUGUUUUGUCUUGGGUUUUUAAACAAAGGCAUGUUUUGGAUUAAAAACAUGAAUUUUGCACUCUG